AUGGAGGCAGCGGAUAGGCGACGCAUUUUUCUAGUACAGGUACAUGUAGCUAAUCACACAGUCCAGGCUCCAGUAGAUCCAACGAAAACAGCUAUUGGGGCAGUCGAUCCGACCAAGACUGCUAUCGGCGCGCCUACUCCUGAUUACACUAGAACUGCGAUCGGAGCAGUUGACCCAACGAAAACGGCUAUUGGAGCGCCUGACCCGACUAAAACUGCUAUCGGGGCAGUGGAUCCAACCAAGACCGCAAUCGGCAUGCCCGCUGGCGAUUUUACUCGAACUGCGAUCGGAGCAGUUGAUCCAACGAAAACAGCUAUUGGUGCAGUUGACCCAACGAAAACGGCUAUUGGAGCGGUUGAUCCGACUAAAACCGCUAUCGGAGCAGUAGAUCCAACCAAGACAGCAAUUGGCAUGCCCACUGGCGAUUUCACUCGAACUGCGAUCGGAGCAGUUGACCCAACAAAAACUGCUAUUGGAGCGGUUGAUCCGACUAAAACCGCUAUCGGGGCAGUUGAUCCAACCAAAACUGCAAUUGGCAUGCCUGCGGCUGACCCAACCAAAACCGCUAUUGGAGCAGUUGAUCCAACCAAGACAGCUAUCGGCGCCGUUGACCCGACGAAAACUGCUAUUGGGGCACCGGACCCGACGAAGACCGCAAUCGGCGCUAUUGAUCCAACAAAAACAGCUAUCGGAGUUGCACCACGUAUGUGA